GUGAAACACUCUGUAUAAAUUUGUCGAAUCAUAACAUAACCUUUAAUAAUGCAUGUGCGAUUUCAAAUUUUACGUUGGUUUCUUUAAUAAAAUAUUGCAAACAUGGAGGAAGAACCUAAACCUGGUCGAAUUAACUUCAUAUCAUGCGUGAAAUGGGUGAAAAAGGGAGUAGCCAAAGGUCUACCUGAAAAAGUACGCUUAAAUAAGCAGGAAUUAGUUCGUUUGAUAAACCAAACGAAGGCAGAUCUUCAGGCGUCCGAAGCUGCCAAUAAUGAAGAAGGGGCACGAAUGAAUAUGGAUGAUGAAUUCGAUUUGGAAAAUUAUGACCAAGGCAACAGUAAGUAGUCAUAACAGUUUAUUG